AUGUGUUAUCCUAUGGUUAUAGCACGUUUUGUAAUGGCAAAUGUAAUUGAUCAAUUAUUUGAACAUCAAAAUCAAAAUGCUAAUAUUACAUAUCUUUUAUCUUUAUGUGAACACGGUGAUCUACAUUUACGUGGUGCAUGUGCAAAUUUACUUGUUACAUUAAUUCAAACAACAAAUCAUCUUUUAACACUAUCAUCAUUAUCAAAUUCAUUUAAUAAUUCUUUUAUUAAUUAA